AUGAUUCUCUCUUCUGUUUGCACAGUUAAAGUUAGUGCGAUCAAUAUCACAGAGAAUCUUCUCUUCGCCAUUUCGGCAAAAAAAGAUACCGACGACUUUACAAUUUCGUUGAAAAGGAAUCAGCAGCCAAGUGGGACGGUUUAUUUCUUCAAGAUAUCAUUCUCCUUAUAUAUGCUCGUUAGCGUCAUAGUGAUGAUUAACUUAUUAAUUGCUAUGAUGAGCGACACGUAUCACAAAGUGAUAUCGCAGAGUGAUAUCGAAUGGAAGUAUGGUCUCAGCAAACUAAUACGUAAGAUGCAAAAAACAAAAACCGCGCCAGCCCCGUUAAAUCUCAUUACUACAUGGACGGAGUAUUUGAAGAGUGUCUGUAUAAGAAAACGCAAUGCAAGGCAAAAGAUUGACAGAUCUCAUGGUUACAUGGAACCCGAUGUGCAUCAAAGAGACUUUCCGAAAUAUCCACUUUCCAGCAAUAACAGAAUAAUUCCACGAACAAAGGACAGCGUCAAUUUUUCAUUACUUCAAUUAAGUCCGGCCAACAGUCAAAGUUCCUUGAGUAAUAUUUCGAGGAUAGACAACGUCGUCGAUUGGGAUACAAUUCGUCGAAAAUAUCGCAUGCAAUUUUGCGGCAAAAUCGAGAAAUCGUCCGAUGGGGUGGCAAAGCUUGCUAGAAUGGCUUAACUAAAUAAAAUUUAUGCAACAUAUAUAUGUGUGCAAUAUAUAGGCGUCGUUUUUUUUAUUACUACCUACUAGAUAUCGUAAUCAUAUUUGUGUAAUAGAUACAUAUAUAUGUAUAUAUAAGUAAAAUACUUUCUAUACUCUUUUGUACGUUUCUCUGCGAUAUUGCUAUAAUUGUAAUAAAUAUAUAUACGUGUCAUAAGUGGACAUGCAAAGUUACGUUAUCUAA